AUGCCCGCAAAAUCCCAUGUCUCCCUCCUCAAGAGGACGCCGGUCCUAGCCAACAGAUUCUUCUUCUGCCCGUCAUGCUCGCAGAUCCGCCACCUCCACGUACAACAAGCUCCCAGACGGACGACCACCAAACGCUCCGCAUCAACAUUUCCCGGCUCAUCGAUCGUCAAUGCUACGAAGAAUAUACCGGAGCGGUUCCAGGAGCUUUAUAAGGCUUUAAAUGAAGUUAAAGAUGUGUCUGGGAGUCAUGUCAAUUUGAGUAGACUGCAAUUGGCGCAGAGGGGGAUAGAGACUGAGAAUCCAGUGAUACGGGUUGCGGUCUUCGGGUUGGGCAGCACUCAGGCUGCUGCGAGACUUGUACGGUUACUGCUCGCCGAUCCAUUAGGUCCAAAAGAGGACUGGGAAGCUCGCCUUGAUUCCGGCAAUAUCGAUGAAUCCGGUACCAAUAUAACCCUAUCAAAUGGCUCUGUUGCAGACUCUCUGCAGGUUCCUACAAUCGCCAUUCCAUCCACGGCCGGAAGCCCUGACACGCACAUUCAGUACCCCGUGCACAGGUCCAUAAUAUGCGGAAACGGAAUCGAUGGCCUACUCGCAUAUAGCAAAUUAGCUAGCCAGGCGAAGGAGGGCGAGCUGAGUUCAACUCGAGCCGUAUUUCAACUCGGCUUGAGCAAGGCUCCCGAGAGUACAGCUGGAGAGAUUUCUUUUGUUGAUAUCGACCGUGCCGAGGUGGCGCUGGAUAAGUUCCGCCAAUCAGCCCAAAAUGCGAUGGCCUACCAGGAAGGGUGGGAUGGCAGCGGGGUUCAGCCAAUUAUUGACUGGCUCUCGACGGUUGCUACAGAUCAAGCUGUGUCCCCUGACCUGCGGAAUUUGCUUGAUUCGGUGCUGAAUGAGGCGGAUGCUAAGAUAGAGCAGGAAGAGAAAAAGGGGUUAGCCGGCGUACAGGCCAGUUCGGUGCCUGAAGAGGUACGGGAGUCGCUAGAUGCCACGAUAACUGCGUGGGCGGAGAGGGCUCAUGGUGAGCUCCAGAGCUCAUUGGAUGAAGCUUUUAGUUGCAAGACCUGGCAGAGUCUAGUGUGGUGGAAGCUAUUCUGGCGCGUCGACGAUGUUGCGAUGAUAUGCUCGAGCCUGCUCCAGAGGCAGUGGCUUGUGCAGGCGGAGAAGGAGGCCUUGUGGAUUGGUGGACGAUUCCAACAAGCCCGGUUAUUAGAGCAGAGUUCCUCUUCGAAUGCUGAAGAAGAUCCUCUACCUAAUACAAAGUCAGAGGAUAAAUCUCCCAGCCAGUCCUCCAACUCCUCUGAUUCCUCGCCAUGGCGAACACAAAUCACGGAAAGCCGGGAUAGACUCACUUCAUCUUCCAUCAUGCCCCUGCACACUAUUGCCCAAAACCUUGUCAUGUUCAGCUUGUCGACUACAGGGUUAACUUCAGCCCUAUCUGCCUUGACCUAUAUCUCUACAACCACCACUUCUAUGUCCGAAGCCGGGACCUUUGCUGUGGUGGGGUUGAUAUACUCUCUUGGGAGACAGCAAAAGAAAUGGCACUUGGCCCGCAAAAACUGGGAGACUGAAAUCCGCGAAGAAGGUCGCAAGGCACUUAGGCACACGGAAGAUUCUAUGAGGAUGGUAGUACGUGAUGGAAACAGACCAGCGACUCCGGUGAUAGAAACGGAAGCCAAGGAGAGCAUCCUCAAGGCCAAGCAGGCUUUAUCAAAUGUAUGA